AGGCACACAAAUGCACAAAUAUACGCCUUUACAAGCACACUACCUCUGCCUUUCCGGUUGGAUAUCAUGACCGGACCAGCAUAGUCGACACCGGUCUCAAGGAAUGGAUAUUCUAAUUCAACACGCUCUCUCGGUCCCUGCCACGAAUAGCCCAAUACUUAUGCCUGACGGUAGCAAGGAGCAGCUGAGGCCCUGCAUGCAAAAAUGUGAGAUGAAAAAACCUGAAUAUCAGCCUGCAAAGAUGAUGCUUGGAACUGAGCAACACUGGAUGCUUAAGGUUGUAAUCAUAACUAGAGUUGCUCAGUCUUCCCCCCACACGAAUGAGCUUGUCAUCACCGAGAAACGGAGACAGAGAUCGCAGAUUGCACUUUCGAGGCGGCUGAUUGACAACAAGAGAACGCUCUACCAUCUCGGGGAGAUCCCCGUCGGAUCUCUUAUUUGGAUUGCUUGGCCACUGCGUCUGAUCUGACUGAAUAAAUUGUGGACCCGACCACCACA